CGCGGCGCCUACUUCCGGUCGGCGGAGAGGCUGAGGGCGGGCAGGCGGCGGCAGCGGCGGCGGCUCCAGGUUUAUCUGAAUCACCAUGACUAUUCAUCAGCUUCUCUUGUGCCUGUCUCUCUCAAUGGUUUGUAUCUCGAGCAAACCCACCGAGAAAAAGGACAGGGUUCACCAUGACCCGCAGCUCAGUGACAAGGUCCACGAUGAUGCACAGAACUUUGACUAUGACCACGAUGCUUUCCUUGGUGCAGAUGAGGCCAAAACCUUUGAUCAGCUGACACCGGAGGAGAGCAAGGAGAGGCUUGGAAUGAUUGUAGAUAAGAUAGACACGGAUAAGGAUGGGUUUGUGACGGAGGGGGAGCUGAAAGCCUGGAUUAAGAAGGCCCAGAAGAAGUACGUGUAUGACAGUGUUGAACGCCAGUGGCAGGAGUUUGACAUGAAUCAAGAUGGAUUUAUCUCCUGGGAUGAGUACAGAAACGUGACAUAUGGCACUUACCUCGAUGACCCAGACCCCGAUGAUGGGUUUAACUAUAAACAGAUGAUGGUGCGGGAUGAGCGGCGCUUCAAAAUGGCUGACAAGGAUGGAGACCUGACUGCUACCAAGGAGGAGUUCACUGCCUUCCUGCACCCAGAAGAGUAUGAUUACAUGAAAGAUAUAGUAGUACAGGAAACCAUGGAGGACAUUGACAAGAACGGGGACGGCUUCAUUGAUCUGGAGGAAUACAUAGGUGACAUGUACAGCCACGAUGGAGACACCGAUGAGCCCGAGUGGGUGAAGACGGAGAGGGAGCAGUUUGUGGAGUUCCGAGAUAAGAACCGCGAUGGCAAAAUGGACAAAGAGGAGACAAAAGAUUGGAUCCUCCCCUCAGACUACGAUCAUGCUGAGGCUGAAGCACGGCACCUUGUCUACGAGUCGGAUCAGAACAAGGACGGCAAGCUCACCAAAGAGGAGAUCGUGGACAAGUACGACUUAUUUGUGGGGAGUCAGGCCACAGACUUCGGGGAGGCCUUGGUGCGACAUGAUGAAUUUUAAGACCUGUACAGAGAAACCUGUUUCUUAAAUAAUUUAUUUUUUACAGUUUCUGGAUUAUCAUGAGAAACAUUUUCGCUACUGAGACUGUUAUUUCAGGCUAUGAGGUGAAAAAAAAUCUAUCCCGUCCUUUUUUCCUUUUUCCCAAAGGGAUGGGGACUCGGUGUUCUGAAAACCAACUCUCAUUAUGACACUUUGUGGUUUUUAGAUUUACACUUUGUUUUAUGGUCUAACAAGUUCUGUUUAUUUUUGUAUUUGUUUUGGUUCCAUGUGAAGUGAAGUAUUCUGAAAAAUUAGCGGUAGAGCAACCUAACCCUUGCCCUACCUCCCUCUCUCCCCUUUAUUUUUUUCAUGUACUUAGCUACACAGUCUUUUAAAAAAAAAAGCAGAAAAAGAAAUGAGAAAAGAUGAAAAAAAAAAAAAAAAAGCCAGAGAACAAUAAGGCCAAUGAAAACAAAGACAAGUAACACUUGUUUUAGACUGGGAUAUGCAAAUCCAAUCGAGCAGGGCUGUAGCGCCAGCUUGCAGGAAGACGGUCCAUCUGUCUUGCACAGAUGCAUGCUUUGCCUCUCGCCUUCUGCUGCCAAGAGAAGGGCAGGUUGGGAUCGAUUCUCUCUGGGCCGUAGGGAGGAAUUUGGGGGUAGCCCCCGGCUGUAAGCGGUCGAUUUGCUGGCCCUGUUCUGGCACCUCCGGAAAGAACGGGAUUUGCAAACCCGAUCUGAAGCUACCGCGGUGGCGUGGCAGCGGCGAGGCAAAGCGGUGCUGCUCUUCUCCCUGGCAUUCCUUCAGGGGCCUCCGCGGCCGUAGCUGAAACGGCUUCAGCUCCUAGUAAGGCAAGUGUGACCAGGCAGUUUUUAACUAGAAAUCCUUGCGGGGGGAGGAAGGGGGAAGAUGUUUCACACACGCUGCUAUAAUGCCCCAAUCUGGAAUGCUUUGUUUAGUCCCUGGCUCUGUGCAAAGGCAAAUAGAUUUGUAAGAGUGUAAUGCAAAAUUAAUUUGUUAAUCAAACCCACGCAGCUGUAGUAAACUGACGUGAUGUCACCCCGUGCGUUAUACAUGGAAAUCCCCCAGGACAAGGGAGUGAUUUUAACUUCGUCCCUUGCCUCGAAUGACGAUGUAGAUCCUGCGGAUGCCUGCAGCUCGCCCUGCUCCGUGGGAUUAGGGGGGAGCGGUGGGAUGGGCUCCCUUUCCUGGUUAAAUGACAUAGACGUCUGCAAAUUAGGCGUCAUUUGAAGUGCCUUUGCCCACCAGAAACAGCGCUAAGCAGGAAUCUGAAACGUAAGGGAAGCCGACUAGGAAGCGAGGCUCUGCAGAACGGGGGGAAACGCUCCCCGACCCGGGAGUUUAGCUGUGGGCACCUCUGCCCCUGUGCAGGGGCUGAGCAGGGCUUGUUUAACACGUGGCAUUAAGCAGCGUUCUGAUCUUCACGGGGAUGGUUUUCUUUUUUCCUUUUUCCUUUUUUUUUUUUUUUUUGCGGGGGGGGGGAGUUUAGCCAACUGUUCCCCGCUUCUGCCGGGGCCCUUUUCCUUUUUUAACCUCCGAGGGCAGAGCGCUUGCUCGGCUGCCGUACCCCGAGGUUUGCUGCGCUGCCGCUGUUCGCCGGGAGAGCGGCGCCGGGGGCGAGGUGACUCGGGUCCCGCCUGCCGCGCUGCGCCCGCCGCGCUGCGCCCCGCGAGGGCGGGAGGCUGCUGGCUGAUCCAAAGCAAUUGCUGUUUUGUGAACGUGGAUCUCUCUUCUCUGCAAUGUCCUGUAAACACUAACGUCGGCCUUCUCUGGCCCCUUCCCUGGAAUAAACGUGGACUCUCUGUUUUAAAUUGGUCUGUUUCAAGGAUUAAAAGCUUGAACUAUUAAGUAUAUAUA